AUCACUAGUAGAUCCCAGUGCUGUCACCCGGUUUGGUGUUUAUGGACACACCUACCGAUACGACUGUUACACACGAUAUCAAGGAUAUAUCCGAGUUUGGCAUAACUGGCCACUCAAGUGAUACCGGCUCCCAGUUUGACGCAAAUGCAGUAAUCUUUAAGCCGACGGAUACUAUGCUUAACCCGUGGCUCGUAAUCCUGAGUAAGACUAAUGACUUCAACAUCGGGUGCUAUAAUACACUACUGUCCCCGUGGGAACGGUAUGUUAGUGGAAGGGUAGAGUGUAUGAAUAUGACAGAAGUGCCCAAGUUUGUGAAUGAAUUAAUAAACUUGACUAUAUUUACUAACCUGGAUGGUAUUGUGGAUGUCUGGGAAACACCUAAUAUGAUGUCGGGACACAUACUAUUUUUUACGAUCAAUGGACAGCCCUAUUACUGCUUUCAGCGCCUGUUUAGACCCCUCAACGAUAUGUGUAAAUCUGCGGACAAAUUGACACCAUUUCUGAGUGAGUGCUUCGAUGGCCUACCGGUGCCUCCAGUGCCCAGCGAUUCAACCUAUACCCCAACCCCAGCACCAGUUCCCGACCCCACCAUAUUCGUAUUGAUAAGUACAGUCAUUGUCCUAUUGGUAUGUAUCAUGGUGAUCGCCGGAUUCAUAACCUACCAGCGCUGUCAGCACCGUAAAGGGAGUACGAGUCACCCGAGCCCCGGCACCGAUAACGGAAAGACUGUCGAAGGGAUUAGUUUCUCGUCGGUCGACACCAAUGUAUUAAUGGAUAACAGGCCGAAAAGGGUGUUACGCACCGGUAGUACCGAUUUGUCGCCUGUUUGUGACCAACAUUACCAGAAACUGAUCACUGAAUUGAUGGCCCGACAGUCAAAGUCGUCGGAAAAUAUAACGAAAUGCUUGUCAGUCAGCGAUGGAAAUUUAUCUACCAUUCCCUCAUACAAUCCGGCAGUUUUGGACAUUAAGGGUAUUGAUUGCGAUGAGGUGUCCGAGACUAACGUUAGCCGACUGUCCACUAAGGCUAACAUUCCGGUCAACACUAGGAUUAACAGAAUUCUGGACAAUGGUCUCAAAGUUACCACUGUAUAGGUGUAUCACUUUUACUACCGGCGCCUAACUUUAUUAAUUGUCAUUUAAUUUUUUGAUUAAGCAAUCAUUAACUGUAUAAAUAUGAAAACUGUUAUUAUAAGCUACCGGCGCUGUAUGAAU